UUGCUUCCGGAGUUACUGGGCACAGAAUCUACGUCAAUGCUUUUAGUCUGGCGACGUUAUAAGAUGAUCUACUGCGCGACAUGAUGGACUUCUUCAAACUGCCAAUGAUUAUGAUUAUAUUAAUGUCAGUUAUUUUAUUAGUGUCUUUAAAGGCAGGGUGUGGCAUGAAGCAGGCAGGCAGCUGUAGGCCCAUUUGUACUGGUGGGGACUGUAUUACUGUUAACCAGGACAGAGUGAACUUCAGAACAGCUGAGACAUCAUGUCGAGAUAGGAGCGGAGAACUACUGACACUUGAUCCUGAGACAGAUGGGAACAUCCUCCACACUUUGAGUCAGGAGUUGUCUGGAAACUACUGGAUCGGACUGCGUUUACCGGCUGGCGCAUGUAGCAACCUCUCAUCUCCACUCAGAGGCUAUGAGUGGAUCUCUGGUAGCACACAUAAGAGCUUCAUCCCAUCCUCCGACACCUGGAAACACAGCACUGAAGUCUGCUCUCCGCACUGUGUGUCACUUUCAAACGAUCAAAAGUGGACAGAGAGACUGUGCUCAGAGGAAACUGAUGGAUAUCUGUGCAGAACACGGCACAAAGACGCGUGCAGGGCACAGGAAUUAUCAGAUCCACCUUUUUUCCGAAGCUCUGAAGGCUGUUCAACAGGCCCUUGUGAGCAGACAUGCAAGGACGUAAAAGGAGGUUUUAUAUGCUCUUGCUUCACAGGAUACAUCCCAGACAGCAAAGACCCCAGGCAGUGCAAAGUGCACUGUGGCCAGAGGAAAUGUCCAUGUGUAGGAAGUGUGAGCCAGUGCUUCUGUCCUGAUGGCUACAUCCAGAACUUGAGCUUCUGUGAGGACAUCGAUGAAUGUGAGGAGAGGCCUUGUGAACACGAGUGUAAAAACACUUUUGGAGAUUUUGAGUGCUCCUGCAGAGGAAUACUUGUACUUGAAGACGGAUACAGAUGCGUCCAAGCAAAAGAUAGAAAGAGUUUUUUCACCACGACUCCUGUUAGCGUGCGUGCUACCAAACCCGCUGUUGAUAAUACCCUGAAGACGUCUUCUGCACCUGCUGGAGGGUUUCUCUGGGUAUGGGUUUUUGCUGCUGCGGCUGUUGUGGUGUUAAUCUGUGUGGUGAGGUUUUAUGUUGUGAGGCGUCAGAAGCGCAGAGAACAAAACUCCACACAACAGUCUCCUGCUUCUGUGGAUGAUAAUGAGUGUUAACGGUGAGUUCACCAGAGUUAAUAUUCAUGGUUUGAUUUGUCAACUGUUAAGCCUCAAUUUUCUGAAUAGUGCAAUGUGAGAAAUUUACGUGAGAAAAUAUGCUAACAUGGAUACAGUUUACAAUAACGGGAAAGAAUAUUUUGAAAAUCAAUUAUUAUUAUAUCAAAACUGUCGGAUAAUUUGCAGUAGUUAAGAUAAAAUACACUGUGUUAUGAAAUGGUGAUCAAAUCUGAUAAACUGGAAAUCAUCAAGUGGUAGUUCCUUAAAAUGACCCUGAAAUGAAUGUACCAUGUUUCUUUUGGCAUUUAAAUAGAGUAAUCAUUUGUAUAUGUGCAUAUCCAUUCAACUUAAUCUAAGAUGUGAGUAUUGACAUAAAUGUUCUUUAACCCUAAUCUUAAAUGGAACACAGAGGAGGUGACUGUACACGUGGUCAUUCAUGAGACAUGUUAAAGAAUUCAAAUCUGAAUGAACGAAUCAAUGCUCCAUUUCCUUCAUCAUGCAUGCUCUUAGAGCGCCAUCUACCGUUUUGCUCAACAAAUUGCAGUAACAGUUAUCAGUUUUAGUUUGAAAGAAACUUAGCUUGAUGUUAUUGUUUAGCUACCUGCUGAAUGAACAGUACUUACUUCAUGUUUUGUAAACAACCAGUUUUAUGAAGAAAAGUGGACAAGUUGUAGACAAAACAAAUUAAUAUAUAUAUGUGUGUGUAUAAAAACAAUUUCCCAUUGACCCUCAUGAGGGCAGUAGUGUACACUUCCCAAGCUCUGUUCCUCCACCAGAGGUCUGGGAGUUUGAGGGUUUGCCCCGGUGUCUGGGCUGUUUGUAGGACUGUGCUCCUCUAGACAGAGACUUCAGAUGCAGUUUCAGGAAUUAGGGCUGUCACCUUUUCUAAAAAUCUACACAGUAUAUAUAACAGACAUUCCUUGCAUAGAAAACUGUGUCGAUACUUUUUAUCAGACGCUUUAAACAUGCCAUCGUCAGCGUGUAGUCUGACAUGCUGAACUGGUUCACAGUCUGUCUGGAUUAAUCAAGCAACAACACAUCAACAGACAAUAACAUCCAGUAUUACUUCAUGGUACAUGUGUGACUUGUAGUUUUAUGCUGAGACCACUAGAUGUUACCAGAGAGAUGUGCAUGAAUUUUACUGAUAGUACCUGAACUCAGGAUUGACCUCGUCCUGCCUUUGUUCAUACACACAACACACACAC